UCAUUUAUAUCGCCUUCCCCGGCCAUUUUCUCCCAUAUCUUGCAGCCUGCCGUCUCAUCGAUUCGUUGAUUUUCGAGCUCUUCACUACAACCCUUUCUCUAUCGCCAGCUAUGACGAUCGGUUCAGCCGGAUCCAGCGUCGUUGUUCCUAGAAACUUCAGAUUGCUGGAAGAACUUGAACGUGGGGAGAAGGGUAUUGGAGAUGGUUCUGUCAGCUAUGGGAUGGAUGAUGCUGAUGACAUCUACAUGCGCUCUUGGACUGGUACCAUACUUGGUCCACAUAAUUCUGUACAUGAAGGACGCAUCUACCAAUUGAAGCUUUUCUGUGACAAGGAUUAUCCCAACAAGGCACCAACUGUUCGUUUCUACUCUCGUGUGAAUAUGACGUGUGUGAAUCCCGACAAUGGACUGGUUGAGCCGAAGAAGUUUGGUGUGCUGGGUAACUGGCAACAUGAGUGCAGCAUGGAAGACAUACUCACCCAACUGCGCAAGGAAAUGGCAAACUCACACAACCGGAGGCUAGUCCAGCCUCCGGAGGGAACCUAUUACUAGACUUCAUUGGUAAUACAUAUAGAUAAAACAUAUAUAUAUAUAUACCAUAUUAGUAGCUAAAAUGAAGUCUGGACUGCUGAAGUGUGUUAUAAAACCAACCCAAUUGUCUGUCGUUCGGUCGGUCUGUGCAUCUUGUCCCUGUUGCUGUAGGCGGUGGCAGAAAAUAUUGGCUAUGCAUAAAUUCUUAGUUUUGGUUGGUUUUUAGUGUGUUUGGUCAUAACACCUUAUUUUAUGACAUUUUGUUUGCUUGUUAGUUUAUUUCCAACCUUCUUCC